GUCAGAAGUAGGUACCUAUAUCGUGAUAAGUAUAGCAGUAAUCAUGUGCUUAUUACCGUAGGCUUAGGCUGCGAAUAACAAUUCAUACUUCUGUACAGAAGAUUUAAGAUUAAUUACUUUAUCCUGCAGAACAUCUGAAAAAAAGAUGGAUGUGGGAGAAGCAGAAUCGGAGGCAGUUGCCCGUGCAACACUGCUGGUUGCAAAUAUGCUCCAACGACCUGAUCAGUUACAGAAAGUGGAUCAGUACAGAAGAAGAGUUCAGCGCAAAAAGGCAUCAGUAGAAGCAAUGCUCAAGACUGCCAUGCAGAGUCAGCUUGAUGGUGUGCGUACUGGUUUGAGUCAACUGCAGGCAGCGCUAGUGGAUCUGAAGGAGAUAAAAUCAGGAUUAACAGAGAUGGAGACAAGCUUAGUGAGAGUUCCAGAAUUAAGUGAGCAGCUGUAUGAAUGCCGGGAGGAGUAUGUUCGUCAUUCCCAGUAUGCUGCUGCGAUGGAAAAUUUAAAGCAUAUUUUUACAGUUCCAGAGUCUGUUGAUAAGACACGGAAGUGGAUUGCGGAAGGAAAGUUAUUAUAUGCCCAUCAGUGCUUGAUGGAUCUUGAAAACAGCAGAGAUGAUCUUCUUUUUGAACUUCAUAAAUUACCACACCAGAAUCCUAAUGACACAAGAAUGCUUAAAGAAUAUUUUGCUGAUGUUCAGAAUUUGUCUGAAGAUCUAGGGAAGCAAGUUUGGAUUAUCUUGCAACGAACUCUUAACACUGUAAGGAAAGAACCAACACAGAUUGUAACAGCACUAAGGAUUGUUGAGCGUGAGGAACGUGCAGACCAGUUUGCCCUACAGAGACAAAAAGGGUCUGGUUUCUUACCUCCUGGACGUCCAAAGAAAUGGCGGGAGAAGUCUCUAAGUGUAUUAGAGGGAGCUGUUGCCCAGCGAAUUGAAGGCAACCAGUUUGAAGAUAGAGAAGGUAGUAAGAAUUGGCUUAUCAAACAUUUAGAGGUCAUCCGGUUGCUUUUGCUUGAAGACAUGAAAGUCAUUAGGUCUUUGUGUGUGCCUUGCUUUCCUCCUCAUUAUGAUAUCACAAACCGCUAUGUACAGAUGUAUCACAAAAGUUUGGCAGCACAUCUCAUAGAAUUGGUUGAUGGUGGUUUAGAAGACAAUGAAUAUGUCUCACUACUAUCCUGGGUUCUAAAUGUGUAUGGAGGCAAAGAGCUGAUGGGGCAUCCUACGCUCAAUAUAAAUGUUGCUAAACUUGGACCUUUGCUGGACAACAAGGUCUUAGAUGAUCUUAUAUCCAAAUACCUUCAGAAUGUCAACACAAACUAUGACUCUUGGAUGGCAAGAGCACUUGAACUGGAGGAAAAAGAAUGGUACAGAUCUGAACCUCCUCAGCAAGACUCAGAUUCUCACUAUAAAACAGAAUUGCCACAACUUAUACAUGAUAUGGUUAAACAGAAUCUGGAUGUAGCAGCAACAAUCAGUUCUGAAGUGCAAGUUCAAGUCCUGAUAUCCAGCUUGGCUCAGGUUCGUCUUUUUGCUUCAAAGUAUGGAACAGCUGUUACUCGAUACAAGGAAACAUAUUAUAGCGACAGAUCACAGAUUCAGUAUUUUACAACGUACAUAAUUGCUUUAGCUAACAGCUGUCAGGCAAUAGUAGAUGUUGUAGUCACUGUAAAAUCACAGUUUUGGAAGCCAGGUGGAUCCCAGCAGAAUGAUGGAAAGAUUGCUACAGAGUUUGAUGCACUUCUUACCGUUUAUCAGAGGUUACGAGAUUUGAUGUGCGACUAUUUAUUGGAAGAAGCCUUGGUUGACUUGCAAGAACAGUUUACAGCACUGCUGACUCCUCGUUGGCUGAAUAAUACAGAACCCAUGGACACAAUUUGCCUCACACUCUCUGACUACUUCACCGAUUAUUCCCACCUUCACCAGAAGAACUUUGAUCAUGUAGUACAGCUCUCACUGAAUACUGUAGCUGUGCGAUACACUACAGCAAUUCUGCAGAAAAGACUCAACCUCAAAACCCAGGAAGAUAGAAAAAUGGUUGCCGAGCGGAUAAUUGUUGAGACAGCAAAACUUUCCAAUGUAUUUGAACAAGUUGCACCAGACCUAGUUAAGUUUGAUUCACCUUGUGAGGUCAUGAAAGGAUUAGCUGAAGUAAUCAAGGUUUCGGAUGUUGAAUUCUUAGGUUUGGAGCUCCACAGGUUAUUGCGCAGGUACCCUGACAUGACAAGUGACCACUUAACUGCACUACUUUUGUUGAGAGGGGACUUGGGUCGACUGGAAGUUCGGCAGCGAGUGGCAGAAAUUAUGGAAGAAAUGAGAACCCAAAGAACUGGACCCUCCCAUAAAAGCAUUUUUUCUCACAUACAUAUAUCAACAUCAUUGUUUACUUAAAGUUAACAUAAUUUUAAUUAGGCUUUUCUUUGAGUUUCAUAUUACUGAUAAAAUUAGCAUAAUCAGUUGUAAUAAAUUGCAUUCACAGGAUUGAUUAGUUUGUAAAUGUGACAGGACUAACUAGGACAUUUAACCAAUUCUGUUAUUCACUCAUUUCAAAGAAAAUUCAGUAAAUCCAUUCCUAUUAUGCUGAACUAAGAGCUGAAUAUGCUGGCUUAUAAGAUAUACUAUAUAUUUUUGCAUAUAAGACGGCCUUUAGAUAAGACAAGGCCAAAAAUCAUUGCAAAUUUCCAUGAGUUUAUCUCAUACCUGUAGUAUAGGACGACUUCUAAAUUAGAAAACGAUUAUUUGCAAAAAUUAAACAGUACAACUAUAUUAAUAAUAAUGAUGACUUAAAUAAAGGUUGUUUUGCUUGUAUUACUAUUAUCAUAUCACUGUUGUAUUACAGCAUAUAAAUAUCGUUAUGGACAUCAUUUGCAUUUGAUAUUGUUUACAUUCUCAAAAUCUCACCUGAUUUGAAUAUUAUCAAUAUCUUCAUUGCCAUUAUUUGUUAGAAGAGAUAUAAUUCGGAGAUACCUUAUUAUCACAAAUUAACGAAGUUUGGUUGAAAACUUGCACAUAUUACUGUACUUUACUCCAUUGUAUAAGCAUUAAGUAGAUGUGAUUUCUCCAGUUCCAAACAUCACUGCCGUCUGGCGGUUAUCCGUUUUAUUCAGCCUCAGCUAUAACCUGCAGCUUUAUCUCAGCUAUAACCUGCAGCUUUAACUUACAAGGGAGGAACAAAAUGUAUUUUAUUUUUACUAAUGGAAGCCACCAUUGUCUAUAUGUUUUUCAUACAGAAGGUCGCGAUAAAGGGAAACCAUCGUUUGGUUUACAUUUCAUCGCCAUUCUCAAACAACCGCUGAUAACAAUACAAUAAUGAACGAUAAUUAUCGUACACAAUUACCAUUCAUAUGACUGAAUUGUUCGAAACAGUUACAAACAGCUUUACGUGCUUCCUCACUUGAUGUUUGCUGUUUUGUUAUACACGUAUAAGCAUGGGGAAAAAUGAAAAUAAAAAGUGUCAUGAAAAUAUGAUUUGUACGAUAUCAACGAUGAAGCCGAAGUCGUCGUCGACUUGCCAGAACCAAACUGGAAUCCCUGUGAUGGUGGCACAUGUGACCAAUCGUGUGAUGUGUAUGAGAAACUUUUAAUGAAAAAUGAAUAUAAUGUUAUCCUAAAUGUUAUUACCACUGUAAUGACACCACCAUUGAAAUUUCUAAAAGACGAAGGUUGCUCUGACCCAACUGUAACUCGAUGUUUACAUUUUCUCAACUGGGAUAACAUAGGGCUAGAUAAAAGUCUGUUUCAUUAUAAAAGUCUGUUUCAUUGAUUUCGAAUUAUUCCUCAAAUAGGCUAUUUGUUAUGAAGAUAUACCAAUAAUAUGUUAGGUAAAAA